GUGUUUUCCUCCGGGGCUGCAGGGGGCGCUGUUGUCCGCUGGGCCUCCUGCGAGUGGCAGGAGCAGUGACGUGUAUCUCCAUUGAGACAGAAUCACUCGGUUCCGCUGCUCCUCAAACUUUCUUCAUUUCCAGAAGCUGCUCCUUCCACCUCCUCCCUCCUCCUUCUCUCCUCCGCGGGGCUCGGACGUGUGUCGGCUUCAGAACCAGGAUGAGCAAAAGCAGCCGAGUGUUGAACCUGAGGGACAAAGUCAGCGGGAACGAGGCGGACCUGAGCCUGUGCAACCUCACCGAGGUCCCGGUCCGAGAGCUGGCUUUGUUCCCCAAAGUGACUGUCGUGGACUUGUCCUGCAACAACAUCACCUCCCUCCCUCCAGAGUUCUGCAACCUGACCCACCUCGUCAAGGUGGAUCUGAGUAAAAACCAGCUGACCUGUUUGCCAGACGACCUGGGGAACCUGGUCAACCUUCAACAUCUGGAUCUGUACAACAACAAGUUGACCGCUCUGCCCGUCAGCUUCUCCCAGCUCAGGAGUUUGAGGUGGUUGGAUCUGAAGGACAACCCUCUGGAGGCCGGCCUGGCCAAGGCAGCAGGAGACUGUCUGGACGAGAAACAGUGCAAACAGUGUUCCUCCAAGGUUCUGCAGCACAUGAGAGAGAUUCAGGACGAGGUCGAUCGUGCUCGAGAGAAACGUCUUUUGAGGGAGAAAGAGCUGGAGAGGAAGCGGGAGGUGAAGCAGAGGGAGCGGGAGGCCAAGGAGAAGGAGGCGCGUAAACGAGAGAAGGCGGAGGAGAAGGAGAAGAGGAGGAAAGAGUACAACGCUCAGAUGGCGGCCGUAGCUGCACAGGAACAACAGAAGAAGAAGAGCGAGGAGAAGAAGAAAAAGAACGGACAGGCAGCAGCAGAUAAAAAGGUUGCUGUGGAGUCGGCUCCUAAACCUCGACGCUCUUUCGUUGGCCUCUUGUUCAAACUCCUCCUCCUGCUGCUGCUGGGAUUGGCCGGAGUCGCCGCCGCCUGCCAGCUGACCGACCUGCAGAAGGAGGACGUGUGCGCGCCGAUCAACGUCGCCGUGGACGACGGCCUCUCCUGGGCCAAAGAGCAGGAGGGCGUGGUCAGACAACUGGUGCAAAAUCUGUCAACUGCUGCGAAGGAGUUUCUUGAAUCCACACAAACGUCCAAGAACUAAAAACCUGAGAGCGACAUGAAAACUGAGACCUGCAGGUUUUCCACUCUCACCUAUGAAUCCUGGGAUUUUUUUUUUUUUUAAAUACGCUGAAAUUAUGAUUCUCGUUCAAACGGGCAACCCUGCAUCUUCUCGCCCUGUUGAUGGGAGGUGAAGAAAGAAAGACAAAAAGGGGGACGGACAAAUGUAUUAAAAUCGUCUUAAAUUCCUAUGGAAUUGUUGUCGCGCUUGUAUCCUCUUUGUACUACAGCAUGUUUUGAACUGUCAGGCGGCCCCGUCUGUGCUGCACCGGAGCCACUCGGUCACUGACGGUCAGAGUGGGCGUCAGGCGUGGCGGCUGUGUGAAUGUAGAGCUCACACUCUCACCGCUGUCUUUACAGUCUAACAUCAGUUAAAGCAGCUGCUGUCACAGUUACAGUGUCUGUCGCGCAAACUGAGCAGAUUUUAUCUCGACGUGACAAAAUCACACGUGAGUGAUGUUUGAUGUUGAUCCUGAGAAUCUGGUCUCAGUCCGACGCUGGAUGAAAUUCAUGUCCACUGCACUCAAACAAAUUUAUUUACAUUUUGCAUGUGCCGGGCCUUUAGCUAAAAAAAAAAUUAUUUUAUCCAUCGAACUGAACGCUUCUCGAUGUCCAACAAUGAAGCGUAGAAGUUUGGAAAAACACAUUAAUGCAUCAGCAUUAACUCAUCAGUCAAAUCUCAGCUGCAGAAUAAACUACACCUGUUUAGUUCUUACAGUGAUAUCACUUGUACAAACACAGUAUGGUCCUUUAAGAGUGCAGCUGCUACAGAGGUUAACGUCACAUCAUCUGCUGAGUUGAGGAUUAUCUUGAUGGAUUUUUAUUUAUCAUCUGAACUGAAUAAAUUAUCGAC